CGCGCGGAUCCAAACUCCCCUUUAAGGGUGUGGGUCUAGCUGCCCUGAGCCAAUGGCGAGGCGAGGCUUUCUGCAGGGGAAGCGGCGGUGCCASGCGAGGCUGCGGGGUCUUUAAAGGGGCUGCUCUGCCCCCUGCUCGCUAGCCCAAUCUCGCAGGACUUGUUAGCGUAUCACGUGCCAGAGUCUUAAUGAAGUGGACACACCAGGGGCCCGGUGUGCGCAUGCGCUCGGUGUAAAAUGUAGUUGGAAAUGAGGUGUCCGUCUUGGAGUAGUCGACUUUUAAAAAGCAUCGGCAGCCCGUGAUAUGACGACUUCGCUGGUUCUGCAUCCACGCUGGGCGGACACCUUGAUGUACGUUUAUGAAAAAAGCCCGAAUGAAAGCAGCCAGAAUAAAAGCCAAACAAUGGAGGGUCUGAGCGGUAAUUGCCCUGCGACCCACUGCAGGGACCUGAUGUCGCACCCCGCGCUGGGACGGCACUCUGGCACCAUAGCGACGCACCAGGGCUCCGUCUACUCGGAUAUUUCCCCCGCGGACACCGGCCGCCAGUGUCCCGCGCCUCAAACGUCCUCGAGCGCCUCUCUGGGUUACGGMUACCCGUUCGGAAGCCCGUACUACGGCUGCAGGCUGUCCCACUCGCACAACGUGAACUUGCAGCAGAAGCCCUGCUCGUACCACCCCGCGGAGAAAUACGCGGAGCCCAGCACGGCGCUGCCCACAGAGGAGCUGUCCUCCAGGGCCAAGGAGUUCGCCUUCUACCCGAGUUUCGCCAGCUCGUAUCAGGCGGUUCCCGGAUAUCUGGACGUGUCGGUGGUGCCCAGCAUCAGUGCCCACCCUGAGCCGAGACACGACGCCCUGAUCCCCAUGGAGGGCUACCAGCACUGGGCACUCUCCAACGGCUGGGAUGGGCAGGUGUACUGCUCCAAAGAGCAAACACAGUCCACUCAUCUGUGGAAAUCUCCUUUCCCAGACGUCGUGCCGCUGCAGCCUGAAGUCAGCAGCUACCGCCGCGGGCGGAAAAAGCGCGUCCCGUACACCAAGAUCCAGCUGAAGGAGCUGGAGAAGGAGUACGCCGCCAGCAAGUUCAUCACCAAAGACAAGAGGAGGCGCAUCUCGGCCGCCACCAACCUCUCGGAGCGCCAGGUCACCAUCUGGUUCCAGAACCGGCGGGUCAAGGAGAAGAAGUUCGUCAGUAAAUCCAAGAACAAUCACAUGCACGCCACUUGAUAAGAUGAGCCACCUCCAUCAAACUGCACUUAUCUCCACCUCUUCCAAAAAUAAAGCAAUUAAUAAUGAUAAAAGAAAGAAAGAAAAAGAAAUCAAACGACGACACGUAUAUUAUUUACCUCGAUCAUUAAAAGGUGGUGGUUGACGAUUAUUUUGGCUGUUUUUUAUAUWUUUUUAAUUUAAGCUCCAUCAUAAUUUUCAUCCACAACAACAACUCUCCCCAGCAGUUCUCAGAUUAUAGAAAACACUAAAAAAAACUGUGAAAGUGUUCACUUCACUUUUGUUUUAUAGGAAUGUACAUAUAUAAAUAUAUAAUAUUUAAAACGAUAUCUGUAUUUCAAAGACAAGUAUUGCGUGUUUUUUUUUUUCAUUUUUUAAAUAUUUUUUUCUCCAAGUCGAAUCUUAAAAGGACUGAUGACAUUUCGAAUGGCAACGGGGCAGAUCUCAAAGAAAAGGAAACUGAUUGCUGUUCUUUUCAGAAAAAUAAAAAGAUGGACGUCACGCGGACAGAACUUUUUUUUUACUGUGGAAACGGUGACACGUCGAACUUGAGACMUAAAUCAGUUUUCCACGACUGCUGACAAAAAAAAAAAGACUUUCGGCAGAAAGAAUGAUUUUAUGAAAGAAAAAGAAAUAAGGAAAUCCAAUUGAAUUUCAACAAGCAAUGCUCCUCUGUGUAGUUCGUUUAAGCCUGGGCUAUGACAAAGGCUGCUAUGUUGUUAAUCUGUAUAGUGCAAUGCCUUCAUUAUUUAAUUCAUAUUAUCUUGUAUGGCGGAACUGUAAGCUGGAACAUCACGACCUGUAUGUUUUCCUUUAUCAGUGAAGGACUCUGUCAUGCAACUGGGAAUGAUUGUAAACCAUUAAAGUCAGUGAGUAUUACAUUAAAAAAAGAUGCACAAUCGUUUUUGUUCUCCUGACUGUGUAAGAUUGGAGCUGAUCACGCUCCCUUUGUCAUUUCUACUUUUUGGUGCAGUUAUGUGAAACUGUAUUGUGCUGUGGAAUUAUGCUAACGUGUUUCAUAAAUAAAUGCUGAUCAUGAAAAUGCUCACAUAAUCAACGCUA